ACAGUACAUACUUUUAAUAAAAAUUAUAAAAAUUAAUAAAAAUGUUAUAAAGAUCUCGUUUAGUUUUAAUUUAUCAAUCUUCAAGUGAAGUUUAUUUUCAAGACAAACGAUAUUUAUAUAUGAAAUGAAUCGUUGGGUUGGAAAAAUUGCAGUUGUUACUGGAGCUAGUUCUGGUAUUGGUUUAUCCAUAACAAAAGAAUUAGUUAACAACGGUUUAAUUGUUGUUGGAUUAGCAAGACGAUUAGAUUUGUUAGAAGAUUUACAAAAUCAAAUUUCAUAUGAUAAUAAUGUUGGGAAAUUUUAUUCAUAUAAAUGUGAUGUGUCUUCACUGGAUUCCAUAAUUGAAGCUUUUACUUGGAUAAAUGAAAAAUUUGGUCGUAUUAAUAUAUUAAUAAAUAAUGCGGGAAUUGUAAGAUAUUGUGGUAUUUUAACAACAGGUAAUGAAGAAGAAAUAAAAAAAUUGAUGGAAAUUAAUUUUAUGGGCGCAAUAUUUUGUACAAAGCAAAUGUACGAUAUUAUGAAAGAUAAAGAAGAAGAAUGUCAUAUCAUAAAUAUGAAUAGUGUUUUGGGACAUUCAACACCAUUUAGUAUAGCAUCAAUGACUUAUAAUUUAUAUCCAAGUUCAAAAUUUGCUCUAAAAGCAGCUACAGAAGUAAUCAGACAAGAAUUGAUUGAGAAAAAAUCUUUCCGAAUUUCUAAUAUUAGUCCAGGUCUUGUUAAAACCGAACUGUGUCAUGCUGGAAACCAUCCAUAUGCGGAUGUUAUAAUGGGAUCUGCAGAAAUUUUACUUCCUGAGGAUAUUUCAAGAACUAUUAUUUUCAUAUUAGAGUCUCCACAACAUGUUCAAAUAUCUGAGUUGAUAAUAAUGCCUGUUGGACAAAAAUUUUGA